UAUAAAAAGAUGUGGCCCUCAGAAAUCCUGAGCAGUUGCAAGAAAAGAGGGAACAUGGACGCUCGCAGUCAGAUGCGUGGUUUCAUGCUGUUGGUAUGUGCUUUGGCAUUUACCUUAGCCGAGGAAAAGGCGUCUGUCGAAACCGCCGACGAUAACACUAAAGAAGACUUGAAUCCUGAAGCAAGCAGCAGACUUUUUGGAUUCGGGCUGGGCAACACGCUGUACGAUAAAUUCGCUGGAUUUGCUGGUAUGGGACGAGGCUAUGGCGGUUAUGGCGGUUAUGGUGGUUAUGGUGGUUAUGGUGGUUAUGGCGGUUCUGGUUUGGGAUAUGGACCCGGAUAUUAUGGCAGCAGUGGAUAUGGUGGAGGUUAUGGUGGCCUCAGCAGUGGAUAUGGUCUGACCGGCGGCGGAUAUGGUGGGUAUGGUGAUUCAGGAUAUGGUGGUUAUGGAAGUUAUGGAAAUACGGGAUACGGAGGCUAUGGUAAUUACGGCAGUAAGUACAAAAGUUAUGAUGGACUAGGAAGUGGAGUCGGAGGUUAUGGUACUGGCUAUGGGAACUAUGGUGCUUACACAGGGUCCUACAUACCCUUCAGUCUAAAGCAUCGCAAAUGAAAUGCCUGCCUUGAAGUAAUGAGUUCACGUGACUGUUAUCUAAGAAACAGUAGUUCCGUAAGUGAGUAUUGGUAAUUUGAGAGAGAGAGAGCUGAAGUAGCAGACAUAUUGAAAGAUAAUGCUGAAAGUUCUGUCAGUAUAAAUGUAAGGUCUUCCGAGGGUUCGCUCUGCAAGCUGACAAACCGCAAACUGUGUUUACAAUGCCUCUGAGGAGGAUACCACUUCCAACAUCUUACUUUACACAUAUGGCUACGUUACUGCCUUCGUGAAGAUCUGUAUUAUAUUAUCCAACCUUCAAACAAUGAUUACUAUGACCUCCACAAGGGAGGUUUCAUAGAACACAGAGAAAUUUCUCUCACAAUCUUCUGUAUUCUCUCAAAGAUACUUUAGACAGAGGUUAACAAGAUAUUAUUGUAUUAAAAAUAGUCUAAGCUCUUCAUUUAAUUAGACGAAAUGUCUCUUUUAUUUGGGAUGAUAUCGACUGAAACAAAAGUUACUUCUACAAGGUUCGAAGACAGUUAAAUUAAAAUACUGGAUACGUCCAUACAAAACUAGAGCAAUAUGAAUCAAAAAGAAAUACUUUAACCUUAUAUCCAAAAUGUUAAUUAUUUCACAGAAUUAAAGAAAUAUUUGUUUUAUUUCUGGAUAUCAUAUCAUUGUAAUCCAAGACCUGUAUUCUGUCUCAAUCAAUACGUGUGUGAAGAACACCUAGCUCUGUAGAAAUAUACAAGUUAAGUUUUAAUUUCAUGUAUCUGCAUCCAUAAAUGCAAUUAACUGCAAUUUUGUAACCUAAGAAUGUAUUUAUA